GUCACACUGAUUGUAAUCACUGUGAUCUAGUUAAUUGUUUCAUUUGAAAUCGAUGCUUUUCCACUGAUAAAUUUUGUUUAUUCUGUAUGAUUGAAACUAAAUCAGCGAGUAAUUAACUUUUAAUCAUGUUCAAUUGGAUCUACCAACACUGCCACUUACCCCAAGUUAAUUGUUAUCACAUUUGAUGGUAAUUUAUGGUUAAUUGUAGUUGAAAAUGUGACAAUUAGAGUUGAUCAUGGUUAUCAUCUAGUAAUAGCUGAUUAGUAUCAACUCGUUAAUUGUUGUUGUUGUUGUUUUUUAUUGAUCAUCAAUUGUGAUUGUUGAUCUUGUUUAAUUUUUUCGCACUGUUUUUGAUAUUAUGAACUUGAAUCAAUUAAAUGUUGACAAUCAAAAUAACCAAUAUGAAGUUAAUUACAAUGAAAUUUUCAUUGAUUGUUUUGUUUUUCAUGUUACAAUCAACAAAUCACCAAAAUGUUUCAAUUUAAUUUGUUAUUACAAUUACCAUCAGCCAUCGGAUGGAAGUGCAAUUAAAAUGCCCAUAGGAAUCAAUUUAGUAAUUGUUAUUGUUGUUAACGAUAUCACCUUAAUUGUUAAUUAUUUAGUUACCAAUGAAAAUGGACAUCGUAAGUUAAUUGUUACUCAAAUUGAUAAACAAAUUCAAUUAUCUUCAUCAUCUUCAUAUUUUUAUCUUAAAUCAUCAACAACUUUGAUGACCAAUAAAUUAUUUUCUUCAAAUUAUCUUAAUCACAAUUUAAUGUGUCCCAUAAUUUUAAUCAUCAUCACCGCAUCACUUGUAUCAGCAUCAACAUCAUCUUCAUCAUCAGCAACUCCAUCAUCAUCAUCAUCAUCAUCUUCAUCCCCAUCGAUUGCAAUGUCCACCACAACCAAUGGUCAACCAACAGGACGACGCUUGAGAAAUCAAUCAACAUCUUCCGGUUUAAACAUUAGAUUGACCCAAAAUAAUGACCUAAGUUCAUCUUCCUCAUCAUCUUCGACAUCAUCAUCAUCAUCAUCUUCAUCUUCAUCAUCAAUUAAUCAAAUCAUAUCACCUCAAUCAAUUAACACUUUCUGGUUGGUGGCAAUUAUAUUCAAUGCAACUUUGGCUGGUUUAUUUUUCCUCAUCUUUUGUUAUUUGUGUUUAAAAAAAUCUUUACAAUCAAGGAAGAUACGAUUAGGUGACCACUAUGGUGACCCUUUUUUCACCCGUAAAUCGAUGGCAAGAAAUGAUCAUGAAUUCAAUGGAUCUCACUUGAAAAAUGAACAACCGCCUGGGGCAAGUUCAGUUUACACAAUUCCAAUGGACAAGAAUUUAUUAUCAGUUGAUAGUAAUAAUAACAAUUUAAUUAGACAACAAUCAGCUUUAAAUAAAUUUAAAGCCGCCGGUCGAUUAACUGGACAUUUGGUGACAUCUUCAAGUCCAAUCCAAAGUGCGAAAACUUUGAGUACGUUGGACAGUUUCACCGAAAGUGUCCCCUCGAGUCCAGCUAAAUACGAUCCACCUCCCAAUAGAUUACAAGGUCCAAUUGAUAAUCUAAAAUCAGUAGUGACCGAUGAAAAUAUCGGUAGAGUGGUCAACUUUACGGGAUCCAAUGUUGACCCAACGAUUGUUACUCAAGCUGCCAAAUCAUUUUAUGUUGACCAGAUGAAAGAAGCCAAUAAUCAAUUGAUUAUCAAUGGUCAGCCAACAUCAUCAUCAUCGACAACUAUUAAGCCCGAGGCAAUGGUCAGUUGCAAUAAAAUUGACGGGGAAUUGAUUAAAUCUCAUCAUGCUCAUCCUGCUCCUCCAGCAUCAUCUUUAUCCUUUUCAUCAACAUCUUCAACCACAACAACAACAACAACAACACAUCUCGUUGGUGGAGGUGAAAUGAGUACAACGAAAACACCGAUCGAGUCCAAAAAUUUGAUAGUUGAUCGAAUUGUAAAUUAUGUGAAACCAGUGAACGAUGAAAUUAAUUGUGAUACUAAAGAUGAAGGUGAUGAUAAUCAACGACAAUCAAAGCAACAUAAACACCGAAGCAAAAAAGCACUUGCAAUGGUCAAAGAUUUACAAAGUAUCGGCUCUCGAGUGGUCACCAAGUUACGACAAACCUCAGUUUCUAUUCAAACUUCACCGACAAUUUGGUUCGGAACAGUUAAUGUUAAAAAUGAUCCAUCGAUCGCCUGGGAAUCGCAUCCAAUUUAUUCUGAACCUUAUUCACCAAAUCAUGAUACUCGAUUGGAACGGAAAUAUUUUAUCUACUUGGUGUCCGAUGCUAAUCCUUAUUUUAGGAAAAAUUGUAUCGGUAAAAUUACUCUUCCUACGAAAUCGGCUUUGACCUUAUCUCAGCUUCGGGAUAUGCUCAUGAAGGCCGAAGAUUCCUCAUUGAAAGAUAUUCUCAAGAAAAAUCGUUCUUUCCGAUUCUUGACUGAAACUUAUCGAUUUGUUGCUCAAAAUGAGGCCAUUGCUCCGAUUGAUCAAGUCUACCCGACCCAGGGAAUCUUCAUCAAAUUAAGUGCACCCGAUUAUUCAAUAAUGUCGAAAUCGACUGAUCAUUUAACCUUCGAAAAUCUUGAUUCAUUUUCAACAAUUAAAUCUUCCGGAAGUAAAAGUAAACGAACCUAUCGGGACGAUGCUAAAUUUGCUUCUUUCAUCAACAUUUCGGAAACUAAUCCAGAUAAAAUAUCGUACAAAGAUCAUCAAAGUAAUUCAACAAUUAAACAGAAACGAGUGACAGUUAAUCCUCAACAAAUUAAACGGGAAAAAGUUAACAAACUUUAUCAAAAUCAAGAAUCUAAUUCUGAACAAGUAUCUACAAGUGACCCUCGUAAAAGGUGCGGUCAGUGCAAUAAACCCGCUAUCAUGGGCUGUGGUAAAUGUAAUCAUGUCUUUUAUUGUAGCAUCAAAUGUAAAAAUAUUCAUUAUUCUGAUCACCGAAGUACUUGUUCAAGUGAGUAAUUAAAUCAAUUAAUUUGCUUCUUAUUCUUUAAUUGUUGUUUAAUUGUCUUUGUUUCUUUCUAGAACCCCUUGGCGAUUUUAAUCAAAUGUCCAGUCAAAUGGUAACUUGACCAUUGUAUUGAUUUUGAAAUCGAUUUGAUCGAAUCGAUUAUCUCAUCUGUUGACCGAUUGAAAUUGUUGAAACUUUUUUCUCCCUUGUAACUGGACAAUGGUCAAGGGUCAAUGGAAAAGUACAAUUUAAAUUAGAAAAUGUAUUUUCUUCAAUUGGAAAACAUUUUGGAUAAAAUUGAUGAGCGAAAAUUAAUUAAACAAUUUGGAUCUUUUUUCAUUCUUUAAUCAUCUUCAGCAGAUUUUCACUUGUUGAGAUCAAAUUAAUUGGCAAAUCAAUUAAAUUAACUAAUUAAAGCGCUUUUUGUUUUGGAAAAUUUUUUCUUAAUUUUCUUGCUUGUUAAUUGUAAAGUUUAACUAAAUGUAAACAAUGCGAAGAUUUUAAUUUCCAAAGCAAACAAUUAAACAAAUACAUUUCAUUUUGAA